AUGGCUUCAUCAGCUGAAUAUGACUAUAAUUGUCCCGUGUGCAGUGAAAUCUUCAAGACUCCUGUUUUUCUGUCAUGUAGUCACAGUGUCUGUAAAGAGUGUCUUCAACAGUUCUGGAGAACCAAGGAAACGCAGGAGUGUCCUGUCUGCAGGAGAAGAUCCUCAAAAGAAAAUCCUCCAGUAAAUCUGGCACUAAAAAACUUGUGUGAGUCGUUCCUGAAGGAGAGAAAUGAGAGACGUUCAUCAGGAUCUGAGGAGAUCUGCAGUUUACACAGUGAGAAACUCAAACUCUUCUGUCUGGAGGACAAACAGCCUGUGUGUUUAGUGUGCAGAGAUUCAAAACAACACAACAAUCAUGAAUUCAGACCAAUAAGUGAAGUGGUUAUAUCAUAUAAGGAGGAGUUAAAUAAUGCAUUGACGUCUUUACAGGAAAACCUUAAAAGGAGAGAAAAAAUGAAAGGAGAAUUUGAUAAAACAGUUCAACACAUCAAGUCUCAAGCUGAGCACACAGAGCGUCAGAUUAAACAGCAGUUUGAGAAGCUUCAUCAGUUUCUCAGAAAUGAAGAAGAAGCUACAAUCACUGCACUGAGAAAGGAAGAGGAGCAGAAGAAGCAGAUGAUGAAGGAGAAGCUGGAGGAGAUUAACAGACACAUCUCAGCUCUUUCACACACAAUCAAAGACACGGAGGAGAUGAUGAAAGCCAAUGACGUCUGCUUUCUAAAGGAGUUUCCAGUCACGAUGGAAAGAGUCCAGAUCUCACAGCCGGAUCCACAGAUGCCUUCUGGAGCUUUGAUUCAUGUGCCACGUUACUUGGGCAACCUGCUGUUCAGAGUCUGGAAGAAGAUGCAGGACAUUGUCAAAAACACUCCUGUAAUUCUGGAUUCAAACACUACUCAUCCAUAUCUCGUCCUGUCUGAUGAUCUGACCAGUGUGAGAUACAGCGAGAACGGACAACUGCUUCCUGAUAAUUCAGAGAGAUUUGAUGGGUUUUUCUGUGUUUUGGGUUCAGAGGGUUUUAACUCAGGAACACACUGCUGGGAUGUGGAGGUUAAAGAGAGUUCAAUCUGGAGUCUUGGAGUAACUACAGCAUCAAACCAAAGGAAGGGAGAUGGUUUCUUUAACACUGAUGUCUGGAGUGUGCAGUACAGAUGGUCUGAUCAGUUUGGUUUUCCUGUUAAACAGAAGCUUGAGCGUGUGAGAGUUGAUCUGGUCUAUGACAGAGGAACGGUGUCAUUCUCUGAUCCUGUAACUAACACACAUCUACACACAUUCACAACCACCUUCACUGACACAGUCUUUCCAUUCUUCAGUAGUGACCGUCUGAGGAUCUUACCAUUCAAUAGUCAAUAAACGUUACACAUUUAUGUCUGGAUCAACCUGCUUUCAACUCUUACUGUCAUCUUCGCUCAAGUAUUUAAUCUAUAUCAUAAUUAUAGUCAGUAAAUUCAGAUGGGCCGCAUUUUGUUAAAUUUGUAGUUUAGAUACCCAGAUGUUUUUUUGUUUUUUCUUCUUCUUUUUCCUUUGCUAACUUUAAGGUCCACGUGUAAUAUUUUCAUUUUCAUUUUUAUACAUGUUAACUGCAGUGACAAAUAACACAAGUACUGUCAUACCAAUAAUAUUUGUUAAUGUUAUGAGUUAGAAAUUAACUGAAUGACAACUAAACAUCAAAUGGCUUUAAUAUCUUUCAUGAUGACAGAGUCAUUUGAGGUGCCACAAUCCCAUAAUCACCAGUGUCAUAUUGCAUCAGCUAAAACUAUUUGUCAUUUUGAAAUAUACUGCUCCUUUAAUUAAAGAUCAUAGUUAUGCUAGAGUAAAAUCAAGCUUUA